AUGAAGUUCUUCUACCAGGUUAUAACGACCCCCACGGCCGAUACGCCUGGCACGACUAUCGCGCUUCAGUUCCCAGAAAAGCGGUAUUUCUUCGGGCAGAUCUCCGAAGGAACUCAGCGGGCAUGUACGGAACGUGGUGUUAAGCUCGCUUACCUCACCGAUGUUUUUCUCACGGGUCGCAUGGAAUGGGACAAUAAUGGUGGCUUGAUUGGCGUGAUUCUUACACUCGCAGAUGGUGUUGCUAGUGCAAAUACUGCCCUGGAGGCUAUGGCCCGUGAGAAGCAGGCCCGCCAACAAAAGUCUGGCAAAUCUGACAAGUCUGACAAAAAGCCCCCUGCGAAGGCCAAAUUGGAGCAUGGCGUGCCCUACGCCGUCCGGGAUGGAGAGGCUGUUGCGCAGCGGGGGACCUUGACAAUCCAUGGUGGUAAGAACCUAGCGCAUACCUUAGCCACUGCUCGGAGAUUUGUAUUCAGGAAGGGUAUGCCGGUCUUCACACGGGAAUAUGACAGUGAGAGUACGGCCAAGAAAGAGUCUGCAGAGACAGAAGAUCCUUUUGAAAAACCCACUUGGUCUGAUGAUAACAUCAAAGUAUGGGCUAUGCCUAUUCGUCCUCCCACAUCUUUGCAGCCGAAGGAAAUCCUCCGUGUUGCCCCACAAAGCCCGAGGAAGAGGAGCCUUGAUGAAUUCAGAGAAGAAGUUACUGCUCAAGAGGCGAUUGACCCGCGCACUCGCGACCAAAUCAUCAGGCAAUCGGUUAUAACGGACAUGUUCAAUUCGACAUGGAAAUUGGAUGCUUUGGUUGAGACCCCUUUGGCUGAGGUUAAGAUGCCCGCGGUCAUGUUUGUUCGCAAUCCAGAGACCAGGGCGCUUGAGCAAUACACGGGUCCUGCUCCGGGAAGCAAUGAACCGCUGCCUGACAUCAAGGUUUUUGUACGCCAGCCUUGGCCAGGCGCAGCCGUUGAAAAAAUUCCUCCUACCACCUGGUGUAAUGAAGCUGUUUCUUAUAUCGUGCGGAAUCAUGAUAUCAGAGGCAAGUUUGAUCCCAAGAAAGCGGCGGAGUUGAAGGUCCAUAAAGGUAAGGACUUCGGGCGUCUGACGAAGGGCGAAAGCGUGAUAUCCGAAGAUAAGCAAACCAUUACGCCUGAGAUGGUUCUAGGCCCCCCACGACUUGGAAAAGGUCUAGCCAUCAUCGACCUGCCUAGCUCAGAGUAUGUGGAGAGUCUGAUUAGUAGGCCGGAAUGGAAGUCACCUUCUGUCACUACGAACCUUGAAGCAUUUAUCUGGAUACUAGGCCCCGGAGUCGGAGAUCAUCCACGGCUGCGUGAGUUUGUCGCCAGUAUGCCCCAUUGCAAACACACUGUGUCUAGCUCGGACUAUUGUCCAAACUACUUGGCUAUGGGCAGCAUUGCCGGCUCAUCUGUUCGUAUGGCGCAGUUGAGGCGCGACAACUACCCAGUGCCAGUCCAUGACAAUGUGAGCCUUCCACAACCAGGGACACGCACUCAUGGUUCGGAGGUCACAGUGAGAAAUGUGCAGAAUUCGCCAUUCGAAGCAAUUGAGCCUGGCCUUAUCAUUGACAUGGAACCUAAUUUUGACAUCAACCGCUCUGAGGUUGUCCCACGGUUCAAUGCAAUUGAGGCAGUGCAACGGAUACCUGUGGCAGUCCAGAAACGUAUGAGUACGAUCGAUAGGCGAGUCAAAAAGGAAGAAUUUGAGGAAAAGCUGCGGCAGUUCCGGAAAGACCUUCCAGGAGCCGAUGCGGAGAUCAUCACCCUUGGUACAGGUUCUUCUUCUCCUUCCAAAUACCGCAAUGUUUCCAGCACUCUCGUUCAUGUCCCUGGUUACGGCUACUAUCUGCUUGACUGCGGCGAGAACACGCUUGGUCAGCUGAAGCGCGUUUUCGAGCCCGAAAAGUUGCGGGAAGUUCUACAGAACUUGCGAAUGAUCUGGAUUAGCCAUCUGCAUGCAGACCACCAUCUUGGUACUGCUUCUGUCAUCAAGGCGUGGUUCCAAGAGAACUAUCCGAAUGGAGAUUCGCAAACAAGCGCUAUCGAGACCGACAUGUCCAAGAUACUCCAGGAAAAGAGACUGUUCCUUGUCUCUGAAGAAAACAUGAUCUGGUGGCUAGAAGAGUACGCAAGCGCCGAAAAUUUUGGCUUUGGGAAAGUGAUUCCCUUAUCCGCUUACCCCGUGAUUCAAAACAGGGCACUGCGGACUAGGUUUGUAUACCGGCACUGUCGUGCGGAUGGCUCAUUCUCUAACCAGGAAGUCGAAACUUCAAAUCCCCGAAGUACAGAGCUUAGCUUUGACAACGAGUCGUCUCCGCUCACGCCACUUCUCCGCAAAGCCACAGGUCUUGCUGAUCUCUUAACCACAAAGGUCUCCUUUUCGGGUGACUGCCGGCCUUCCCCUAGCUUUGCCGCGAUUGGACACGGCUCCACCGUUCUCAUCCACGAAGCCACCUUCCAGGAUGACAUGGGAGUAUCGGCUAUCGCGAAGAAACACUCUACGACAUCCGAAGCCCUAGAAGUUGGCCGCAGAAUGGAAGCUCGCGCCAUCCUCCUCACCCACUUCAGUCAACGGUACCAGAAGGUCGCACACGUAGAAAAGAACCGCCCGCCCGCCAAACGCCAAGAGACCGUUGUCCAGCCCGAACAACCCGACAUCCCAGACAACGAACCGGAAGAGGCCUCCCAAGCGGCAACCUCCAAUGGGUAUGUUCCUUCCUUCUUUGCCACCAUCAAGGUAGAGGAAAAGCCGCAGGUAAAGGUUCCUGUCGUCGCCGCCUUCGACUACAUGCGCAUCCGUGUUGGCGAUAUGCCCGUCGCGCAGGCGUACGCGCCGGCAGUGGAGAAGCUCUACGACAUCCUGGAACGCGCUUCGGAAGAGGACUCCGAGAAGCAGCGCCAGGAGAAGGAGAAACAGGAGGCUGCCAAAAUGCAGGAGAAGAUGAGAAGAAAGGCCAAGCACGAGAAGAAGUCAAAGGCUGGUGCUAGCCUGGCCGAUGCGGAACCAACACCUGCUGUCCCCGCUGAAGAAAUGGAUCUCGACAAGAAGUCCCCGGUCAAGCGUCACUCGGCCUGGAGUGCCAGCGAAAGUGAAAGCGGCUGGAGCACCAGUGGCAGUGAUAGUGAAGCUGAGGUGCGUGUGAGGCGCAACAGCCGCAGUCCCAGUAGGACUGUGAAGCGUUCGAGUUAG